CCGGCGAGGAAGACGAACCGGGGCCCGGCAGCGUUUGCCGCUUGCCGCCGGGCGUCGCCACGAACAUGGCUGGGCGCGGGCCCGGGGCGGACGCCAGCUUCGGCCUCUUAAGGGGAGGCAGCUCGCCGGCGCCCUUCUGAGGCAUCCUCCGCGGCGGCCGGCAGCAGCGUCGCCGUCGCCGUCUCCUUCCCUCGCCGGCGUCAGCUUUUAAAAUGCAGAGGUAAAGAAGCAAAGUGGAGUGUUUUCAAGCUCCUUUCUCAACAUGUCAGGGAACCUGAUGGUCUACGAAACCCAGUUCUUUGGGUUCACCCCUCAGACGUUUAUGCUGCGGAUCUACGUCGCUUUCCAAGACCACCUUUCCCACAUCAUGCUGAUCGCGGAAGAGGCCAUGCUGAAUAAAUUGCAAAACGUCCAUCGAAACAUCACGCCUUCCCUCAUCCGGAGGGGCACCGAGCAGUUUUUUUCGUUCAUGAAGGAACGUUUUGAAAAUCUGUUCGGGCAAAUCGAGGAAACCCUUUUGAGCGCCGUUUUAAGCAUCCCCAAAAAUGUUUUGCUUCCUGAAGACAAGGUCCAAGAGAAAUUCCGCUACACGGCGGAACAGUUUCAGCAGCUGCAGCGCGAGGUCAGGCAGCAAGAAGAACAGCUCAAGGUGGAAACGCAGGCUGGGCGGGCUCUUCAAGCCGAACUGGAAGAGCAAAAGGUGGUCCAGGACCAUCUUGAAAGGAUCCUGCAGUGGCUGGAUAGUCUCGACAAAGCUGGACGAGAAGAAGGCACCGGCAGCUUCCAAGAAAGCUUUGCUGCCUUGACAAAAAUGGCAGCCAGAUUGCAAAACGUAGCACAGGAGGUGGAGGAGAAAAUGAAAAGAGUGGAAAAACACUGAUAGUCAGAAAAUGAGAAUAGAAAGAAUUCCUGCUUGCACCAAUCUCACUUUUCCUCUCCUUGGGAAUUAGUUCAGUUCGUUCCUGAUGGUCUUGAAAUCCAGGUCAGGUCAUCUGGGUAACAAGAGAGCCAGAAAUUCAAGGUCCCUGGAGAGGCUAAUUGUGAUCUCCUUUAAGGUACACUAUGCAAGAUAUCCAGGCAUCUACCAGCUGUUGCUGAAUCUGGCUGCUGCCACCACAUCUGGCUGCAGAAACAUCAUCUCUGUAGCACAAAGGGCUCUUUGGUGUUGCUUUCCACUUUGGGUGUGUGUGUGUGUGUAGCUUGUUGUUUGUGGGAGAAAGGAGGGGUAGAGCAGGAGCCAAAAGGUGCCGGAGGGGACUUGGAUGUAGAUGAUAGGUUGUCAAAAGUUGUGAUGGGGAACUUUCUGAGUGCUGAGAUGGAUCUUCCUUCGCCCCACAAAAUGCUACUGUUCACAGCAUUUACAGUUUCCUAUGUUCCACUUGCAAACACAAUAAAAAGAGACUGUUCGUAAAGAG